AUGAGGCCGUCCCUCGUCGGCACUGCUAUUUCCUUGCUUUUUUCUUCAACCCUGGUGGGGGCACAAACGUUUUCGGAUUGUAACCCAAGACAAAAAACCUGUCCCCCAAAAACAGCACUGGGAAAGUCGGCAACAUUCGAUUUCACGAAAGGCAGAUCAACUGAUUUCGCCGAGACCGGGAAACUGAGCUACGACAGCAAUGGUGUGGGAUUCACAGUGGCCCAGCAGGGCGAUGCCCCGCUGAUCCAGUCCGGAUGGUACAUCAUGUUUGGACAUGUUGAGUACGUGAUCAAGGCUGCUCCCGGCAAGGGGAUUGUCAGCAGUGCGGUGUUACAGUCCGAUGACCUGGAUGAGAUUGAUUGGGAAUGGCUUGGGGGCAAUAAUGCGUUGGUGCAGAGUAAUUAUUUCGGAAAGGGGAACACCAACAGUUUCAACCGUGGUGCUACCCACAACAACCCCGGAAACCACGAUGACUUCCAUACGUACACCAUCGACUGGACGAGCGAGCAGAUUGUCUGGCAGAUUGAUGGCAAUACAGUUCGCGUGCUCACCCCGGAUACCGCAGAGCCCGACCAAUAUCCCCAAACUCCGAUGAUGGUUAGAGUUGGAGUGUGGGCUGGUGGUGACCCCAACAAUGCGCAGGGAACUAUCGACUGGGCGGGUGGCUUGACGGACUACAGUGCCGGUCCGUACACGAUGUACUUGAAGUCGCUCAAAGUUACCGACUAUUCAACCGGUUCAACAUACUCCUAUGGGGACAAGAGUGGAUCGUGGCAGUCGAUCCAGGCUGAAGGAGGCAAGGUGAAUGGUAAUAGUGCGGCUGAGUCCUUUUCUAGUGUUCAGUCUGCCCCCACUGUGACCGCGACGGUUGACAGUAUUCCUAUUCCUUUCAGUGGAACGCACCGCGAAACCAAGAGCUUUGUAACCCCGAAUAUCUGGCCCUGGGUGCCCACGGCUACCGCCUCGUCGACGAGACCCCAGCGCACGUUUCCCAAUGGCUGGACCUCUGGCUCUGGACCAGUCCAGCCGCCCAGCGCGGCCUCUGUGAUCUACUUUCCAAUUUACAUCAGUCUCAUCGCACUCUUCGCCGGUUUCAGUCUCCCUAUCCGCGUCGCGUUCUGGCUCUGA